AUGGCUGUGGUAAGUUACAACAAUAACGAGCAAAACCGGGUUAAGUCAGUAUCCAAAGUAGGGAUAAUCGGAGCUGGGAUUAGCGGUAUCGCCGCAGCCAAACAGCUUGCGAAUCACAAGCCUGUUGUGUUGGAGUCCACGGAGUUCAUUGGGGGUGUUUGGAAACACUGUUCGUACAGCUGUACCAAGCUCCAAACACCCCGUUGUGAUUUCGAGUUCUCGGAUUAUCCUUGGCCUGACAGAGACAGCACCACUUUUCCUUCCCAUAUCCAGGUCCUGGAUUACUUGUACGGCUAUGCCAAACACUUUGAUGUGCUCAAGUACGUCAAGUUCAACUCCAGGGUGGUUGAGAUUCGCUAUGCUGGUCUCGACCGCACCGGAACAUUGCUCAAUGUGGAGAAUAAUCAUAUGCCUGCUGCUGCACCUGCAGAGUAUGGUAAGCUUUUGAAUGGUCAUCCUGUUUGGGAGGUUGCCGUUCUCGACACUUCUGAUCAAUCAAACGGCGUCGUUCAGUGGUACGCAUUUGAGUUUCUGGUGAUAUGCAUUGGAAAAUAUGGAGACGUCCCAAGAAUGGUGAACGACGAAAAUAAUAAUGAAGAAUCACCAGCUUUCUCGGGAAAAAUUUUACACUCGAUUGAAUACUCGAAGCUCGACAAAGAAGCUGCUCAAUCUCUCUUGAAAGGAAAAAAGGUUGCCAUUAUUGGCUACAAGAAAUCAGCCAUUGAUUUAGCCAUGGAAUGUGUCGAAGCUAACAAAGGACCAGAAGGGCAACCAUGCACAAUGGUGAUAAGGACUCUACAUUGGACUGUUCCGUCAUAUUGGAUAUGGGGACUCCCAUUUUUCUUGUUUUAUUCAACAAGGUCUUCUCAAUUUCUCCAUGAAAGGCCAAACCAAACCUUGUUUCGAACCUUUCUAUGCCACCUUUUUUCUCCUUUGAGAAGGGCAAUAUCCAAGUUCAUAGAGCUAUACUUGAUGUGGAAACUGCCAUUGGUGAAGUAUGGACUGAAACCAGACCAUCCAUUUGAGGAGGACUAUGCUUCAUGCCAAAUGGCCAUAUUGCCUGAGAAUUUCUUUAAGGAGGCAGACAAGGGAAACAUCAAGUUCAAAAAAGCUUCCAAAUGGGGCUUUUGGAGUGGUGGUAUUGAGUUUGAAGACCAAACCAGAUUAGAAGCUGAUGUAGUUCUUCUUGCCACUGGUUAUGAAGGCAAGAAAAAGCUCCAAUCCAUUCUACCUCAGCCUUUUAGGAGUCUUGUUCUUGACUCCACUGGUGUUAUGCCCUUGUACAGGGGUACAAUUCAUCCACUGAUACCGAACAUGGGAUUUGUGGGAUACAUAGAAAGCGUAUCGAAUCUGCACACGGCGGAGCUGCGUUGUAAGUGGUUGUCUAGGCUGGCGGACUAUAAAUUCAAGCUUCCUCCUGUUGAGAAAAUGCUUGAACAAGUAACCAAAGAGUUGGAGAUCAUGAAGAGGGCCACAAGGUUUCACAAAAGGCACUGUAUUUCCACUUUUAGCAUCAACCACAGUGAUGAGAUAUGCCAAGAGAUGGGAGUUAGUCCAUGGAGGAAGACUAACUGGUUUUGGGAAGCUUUUAGCCCUUAUAGCAGCCAAGAUUACUAUGAUCAUGAGAAUGAGAAUGAGAAAGAGAAAUAAUUUCAUUUAUGGGAUGCAUAUGGCUUAUUAGGUAUUUAAUACUAUAGAAUAAAAGAGUUAGGGUUUUUAAUUAAACCCAAUUUUAUGCUAUAACAUAUAUGUGUGUAUUGUGGGACUACAUUAGUAGUAUUUACUACUUAUCUUGUACCUUCUUUUAUCAUUACAAAAUAAUAAAGUUAUAAUUUAGU